AUUUAUAUAUUUUUCCUUUAAAUUACUUUCCAAGAUUAAUUUACAAAAGAUGCAGCAACGAUUUAUUUUGUCGAGGAGUUCCGAUUUAAAACAGCGUUCUCUUAACUUCUUGAACCAAUUGCGCACACAAAAUCUGCUGUGCGACGUUACCCUGGUAGUUAACGAUAUAGAAAUACCAGCUCAUAAAGUAAUCUUGGCAUCGUGCAGUCCUUACUUCUAUACCACGUUUACAGAGUCACAACAAGAUUGAAUUAUCCUAGAGCGCGUCGAUGGUCAUGCUGUUAAACUGCUUAUCGAAUACCUGUACGCAUCAACGUUAGAAAUCAAUAAGGAAAAUGCCGUACACCUGUUAACCGCAGCCUAUCUUUUGGAAUUAACCGAUGUUCGAGACGCCUGCUGUGACUAUUUACAAACUCAUUUGAAUGCCAGCAAUUGUUUGAGUAUACGAGACGCAGCCGAUAUGCACGGCUGUGUCAACUUGUUUAAUUACACCGACACCUAUAUAAAGAAGCAUUUCAACGAAGUCAUAGGAUUUGAUGAAUUUUUAAAUUUGACACAUGAAAAAGUAAUCGGUUUAAUAAGUGAUGACGAUAUAUCGGUUUCCAGCGAAGAAAAGGUUUAUGAAUGCGUCAUAAACUGGUUACGUUAUGAUAAACCACAACGCCGACAGCAUACCGCCGAUUUAAUGCAACAUGUGCGCUUGCCGCUUCUAGCAAAACAAUAUAUAACUCAGAAGGUGUAUAACGAGCCUUUGUUAAAGCGCAGUAUGAAAUGUAAAGAUUUAAUUAUGGAAGCAUUUUAUUAUCAUCUGGCACCUUCUGAAAUUACCACGGUGCGUACAAUACCUCGCAAACAUGUGGAUUUGCCAAAGAUACUUUUAGUAAUAGGAGGUAGUCCGCUACAAGCAAUCCGUUCGGUUGAGUGCUAUGAUUUGCAGGAAGAAAAGUGGCAUCUGGCUGCCGACAUGCCCUUUAGAAGAAAUAAAGCCAGCUUUGCGGUAUUAGGUAAAAAGGUGUAUGCUAUAGGUGGAAUUAGUCGUCGAUCACAUCUGCGGUGUGUGAAGGUUUACGAUCCCGCGACAAAUCGAUGGUCUUCCAGCAGCAAUAUGUUGACAAAACGAUCUUCCUUCGGUGUUGCGGUACUUAAUGGUUGCAUUUAUGCUGUGGGCGGUUCUGAACUUACUACAGACCUUAACUCGGCUGAAAUCUUUGAUCCGAGAAAUGGCCAUUGGCGUCAGAUAGCACCAAUGUCUACCCGACGUCGUGCAGUGGGCGUGGGAGUAGUUAAUGGUUUACUCUACGCUGUCGGCGGUGUCGACAGAAAUACAUGUGAAUAUCUCUCCUUAGUCGAACGCUACAAUCCCGGAACUAACAGGUGGGGCGCUGUAGCAAAUAUGUCGGCACGUCGCUGCGGCGCUGGUAUAGGUGUACUCCAUAACAUACUUUACGCUGUAGGUGGCUACGAUGGUGAAAUAGUGUGCAAAUCUGCAGAGGCAUACAAUGCUGAAAGCAAUGAAUGGCAUCCAGUAGCUGAUAUGUCAUUAUGCCGUAAAAACGCUGGCGUGGUAGCUCAGGAUGGCCUACUCUACGUAGUGGGAGGAUAUGACGGUCAGUCGUAUUUAUCAUCAGUCGAGGUGUAUGCUCCCGAAACUAAUUCUUGGCGCACACUGACCGAUGGCAUGACAAUUGAACGCAGUUAUGCCGGUGCUUGGAUAGUAGACAAACUAGAUCGCUGGUUUUGAUGAAAUUUUGUACAGCGACGUGUUUUUGAUCAAGGACGGACGCUCGACACUCGAAUAACUACGUUAAGGGAAGUGGUGUAGUGUAUUUAAUGCCAGGCCGUAAUUUACUAUAAUGUCUUAAUUUCAUAUUUCGUUUACUUAUUUACUUACUUUUCUUGCUCUUCUUUGCAUUACUUUGUUAAACAUAUUAUACCGCCGAUAUCACAAAUAUACCAAUAUAUAUAUAUAAGUGCAACCAACGAGAAGCCUAACUCGAUACGAAUGCAAUCGAUUAUCGUUAACCCGAAAAGCGUUGUGGUGUCAAUUUUGUCCUUCGUAAUUAUAUAUAAUCUCUCGAUAGCGAGAACCGUAAGUAGAACCUCGACUAAUAUUUAAAAGUAAGCAUAAGUUUAACUAAAUUCGAAGAAAGAUGGGACAUUUUACUCCACUAAAAUCCUAAAGGAGGCUAUAAAAGCGUUAAUAGGACAUGACGGCCAAUAAAUUUUAUGAAUUAAAUGGAAACGAAAAUGAAUGAAUGCCGCGCAUAUUGAGUAAAUUGGUUAUUCUCGAAUAGAAAAGCGAAUUAUUUCUUUAACAAAAUAUAGUUAGUCAGCAUAAAAAAAAAUGUAUAUAAAAAAAAAUAUGUGAUCUGUCAAAAGUCUCAUAAAAUUUAAUUCAAUUAAACGCAAAAAGGAAUGUAGUGUGAAACCGACAAAAUCAAAUACUGUACCGCAAUAGUUGAACACGUGCAUAGAAAAUAAACAAUAUGACCGAGAUUCCCUGGCAUCAAUCAACUUCUGGAAUAUAAUAAAUGAAAAAAAACAUAUUUAAUGGAUAAGAGAGUGGUGUGAUACAAAGAAAAAUAGAAACGUGAUAAAUGAACGUUGAUUAAAUUAGUUAAACCCGCACAUAUGAAAAGGGAAUUUGGCACCUAACGUCAACAUCAAAAGAGAUGAGAGUAUAUUGGUUUUGCUACUCCAUAUGUAACAUGCAGUGUUACUUGCUAAGGCCAUAAUAAUUCGUGAUUCGAACAACUCGUUUCGAUUUGUUCGUAAAAAUCUCGUAAUUUAAAAUUCGAAAUCCUUGGCUCGAGCAUUCAAAGCAAAAAGUAAAGAAAAGCACACAACUUCAACUUGCGAGGCCAUCGCAAAAAUUAUUAUAAAACUAGAGAUAAGUACAUUAGAUGGUAGGGUGUAUCAAAG